AACGAUAUUAGCUGACAUAAUCGUGCUACGCUAGUAGCCUUCAAGCGAGACAUUCUCCUCUUAAUCAAGAAAAUACAAUAUCCACAGGACAACUUUGUUUGGACGUCGUAAAGGAUAAUUAGAUGAGACUGAAGAGAGAUAGGUAGCUAUCUAUCUACCUUUUCCACGUGGGUAAAAAAAACGGUGGACAGACGCUUGCUAGCUACCUUAGCUAGCUGGUUUUUCUACAAGCAGGACAUCAUGAGUGGAGAGAAGGAAACGUUGUUGGAUGAAAUCGAACAGAGUUUAUUUACUCUAACUAAGGACAAUAUACGAUACCUGUGUGAACGCUGUGGAAUAGAUGGCUCCCAAGUUAAAGGAAAGCACCAUCGCUCGUUACGACGUAAAAUCAUGGAGGAAAUGUGGGAAAAUGCUGAUUCGGUGAAAUCGGAAGAGCAGGGAAUGUCUUGGUUACUCCAACUGAAAGAGGACAUCAGAAAGAUACAGGAAGAAUCUAGUGUGGCACCCAUGAGUCCCAGCCAGUCUGAUGGUGAUGACGAUGCUACAACCUGCAAUGAAGAAUGGGACGUGGAGGACAAUGAUUGGUUUCCUAGCAACAGGCUGGAGGCGGAGUCAUCUCCAGAGAGGCACAACCCAGAGCAGGAAGAGAGUGAUGAUGUCCAGGACAAGCCUACUUCGCCCCCCUCCUCCCUCCAGGGUCGUGCCUCUCCCGGUAGCGCCUUACUGCCGGGCCUGAAGAGGACGUCUGUGUGGCUGGACGACUGCAGGAAAACACCAGGGCUGAGUGGAACUGUGAGAGGAGGAGAUGAGGAGGGAGAUUUGACUGAUCAAAGAGAGAGACGUGACUAUCCUGGAUCCUCUGGGGAGUCUCAAGAACAUCCUGAUGCUGACGAGGCAGAGAAAAGUCUCUCCAGAUCAGAACACCUCAAGAAACAUCACCGCUGCUCUGACUGUGGGAAGAGUUGCAAAUCUUCAUCAGAACUAAAUAAACACAAGAAAAUCCACACAGGAGAGAAACAUUAUAGCUGCUCCCAGUGUAGGAAGAGUUUUGCUCAGUUACAAGAACUGAAAGUACACCAGAGAACACACACAGGAGAGAAACCUUACUCCUGCUCAGACUGUGGGAUGAGCGUUCGUACGUCAAGUCAGCUGUUAUCACACAAGCGAACCCACACAGAAAAUAAGCCUUACAGUUGCUUACUGUGUGAGAUAAGAUUUUCGACAAAACAUACUCUGAAACUACACCAGGGAGUCCACACUGGAGAAACAAAUUAUGGCUGCGAUCAGUGUGAGGAGAGUUUCACCUCGUCGGCAGACCUCAGAACUCACCAGAGAAUCCACACCGGAGGGAAACCUCACCUCUGCUCCCACUGCGGGAAGCGAUUCCGCCAACAGUCAGGCUUGAAAACCCACGAGAGGAUUCACACGGGAGAGAAACCUUUCCAGUGCUCCCACUGUGGGAAGAUGUUCGGCCACAGGGCCACGUUUAAAGCACACCAGCGGACUCACACUGGAGAGAAGCCUUACCAAUGCUCCCAGUGCAGGAGGAGUUUCUCCCAAAUGGGUCACCUGAAAGUACACCAACAGACGCAUGCUAAAGUGAGGUCCCACCUCUGCCCGCAGUGCGGUAAGGGCUACUAUUCUCUAGACAUCUAUAAUGCACACAUGCGAACACACAAUGGGGAGAAGAGUCACCAUUGCUCCGACUGUCCCAAGAACUUCCUCACCCUGACCCAGCUCAAAACACACCAGCGGACACACACAGGAGAGAAACCGUACGUCUGCGACCAGUGUGGGAAGAGCUUCGCCGAAUCGGGAAGCCUGACUCUACACCAGCGCUCGCACACCGGCGAGAAACCUUACCACUGCUCUGAGUGCGGGAAGAGCUUUGCUCGCUCUGGGGCACUGAAGAAGCACCAGCUUACACACACUGGGGAGAAGCCUUACAGCUGUGAUCAGUGUGGGAAGAGGUUUCCCAGGACAGAUACUCUGGCUACACACAUGAGAACACAUACAGGAGAGAAGCCCUAUAGGUGUGAUCUAUGUGGUGAGAGGUUCUCCUAUCACAGGUGCCUGGUGAAACACAUGAAAACACAUGUAGGAGAUUCACCAGCCCUCGAGCGACCAAUCAUGCUAGGCCUAGGGGUUGAAUUACCUAUCCAUCAACCAAUCACACCAGGCCUAGGGUAAAAUGGAAAUGUCUUACAGAUUUAAAUGUGAACAGCAUGGUAGCAAUUGAAAGGAAACUUAGAAAAUGAUUAGACUAAAGUUGAGGACACAACAAUUCACCUGACACAAGACUGAAUCCAAGCAUUACACUGUUGAUUUUCUGUGCAUUUUACAUUUACUGUACUUUU